AUGGAACCGCAACAUCCUCCACCACCUCCUCCUCCUCACUCGAGGAGCCAUCAACAUCCUCACCUACACGCCCUCAUUUCACCCGUCUCCAGCAUGCUGCCACUGAGGUCCUCCUCUAGCACUCCCCUGACCUCGCCCGGUCUCUUCAGCCCGACAAACCCCCGCUCGAAGCCGAACUUCCCAACCCACGCCUCCUCCGAUUCCAACACCCCGAGCGCCGAGACGGGCAGUCCAUAUUUACAUCCUCUUCAACACCACAAAGUCAGAGAAACGCACAAAGCUCUGAUCGACUCCGAUAGCAUAACCGGCCGCAAACUCAUUAACCAGUAUGAAGUCAUCGAGGAAAUUGGCAGGGGCAUGCAUGGCAAGGUCAAGCUCGCGCGAAACCUCGAAACUGGCGAAAAUGUCGCCAUCAAGAUCAUUCCGCGAUACUCCAAGAAGCGUCGACUCGGCAAGGUCAUGGCCAUGUCUCCACAGGAGAAGACGAUGAGAGAGAUCGCCAUUCUCAAAAAGAUGAGACACCCCAACGUUGUUUCACUGCUCGAAAUUAUCGACGAUCCGGAGCUUAAGAAGAUUUACCUGAUUCUCGAACACGUCGAGCUGGGUGAGGUUGUCUGGAGAAAGAAGGGCCUGCCACAUAUUUGCCUCUACGAGCGCCGCCGCAUCGAACGAGAAGCCCGCGGCGAACCGGCCACUCCCGAGGAAGAGCAAUAUGACUUGCUCAUGGAAAGGCGGUUCGCGCUGAAGGAACUGAAGCGAGCGAAGAUGACACGAGCCAAUAUGGGAGCUCACGACUUCUGGAGCAUCGAGCACGGCAUUUCCGACGACGCCAGCUACGGUUCGCAGUCUCGAAUUCAUUCCAAGGAUGACCUGGGCGCCCUCGAACGAGUUGGCGCUGAUGGCUCCCUUCCAAACUCUCUGCAGGCUUCCCGGGCUACUUCAAGAGCCCCCUCACGCACCCAAUCAGUCAAUUCCAUGAAGAACAACGUCUCAUUUGACCAGGAGGCUAUCCUGGAUGAUGAUAUGGAAACUCCAGGCCCUCUGCGGUCCAGCAACCCGGGUUCAGCUACCGCCCUCGAUGGUACUAUGUACGGCCCUUACAUUGAGGAGGCUGCAUUGCGGGGACGCUCGCCAAGUAUGGCCGACUCCAUCAUCUCUCACAUGUCCUCAGUCGACUGGAAUUCUCGGAUGCACGACCCCUUUGCUGAAGAUUUUUCCUACGUUCCUUGCUUCACACUCGAACAAGCGAGAUCGACAUUCCGAGACACUGUCUUGGGCCUGGAAUACCUACACUACCAAGGCGUCGUUCACAGGGAUAUCAAGCCUGCCAAUCUUUUGUGGACAAAAGACCAUCGUGUAAAGAUUUCCGAUUUUGGUGUUUCUUACUUUGGCCGCCCCAUCAGAGACGGCGAGCCCGAUGACGAGACGGUCUCGGAAUCCGAAGCUCAAGAUUUCGAUGACGAUCUCGAACUAGCCAAAACAGUGGGCACGCCAGCCUUCUUCGCCCCUGAGCUCUGCUACACCGACUUGGACCGUAUGGAGCAGCCUAGGAUUUCUGAGAUGAUCGAUAUCUGGUCCCUAGGCGUGACACUGUACUGCCUUAUCUAUGCCAGAAUUCCGUUCCAAGCCGAGGACGAAUGGCAAAUGUUCAGGAAGAUCGCAACGGAGGAAGUCUUUAUUCCAAGAAAGCGUCUCAAGCCAGUUGAUCCUUCCACUCCCCCCAAUUCCGAGUCUUUAUUCAAGCGACACAACGUACCGCCAUACAGGGACGACAAUGAGCUGGCCUACGAAGAUAUCGACAACCUCCUGUACGAUCUCCUCCGACAAAUGUUCACCAAGAACCCCGAAAAGCGAAUUCGUCUGAGAGAUAUCAAAAGACAUCCAUGGGUUGUACAGGGUAUUGCGAACCCCAUUGCUUGGAUCGACGACACCGAUCCUGCACGCCCCUCUCAGGGAAGACGAGUCCAGGUCAACGACAAGGAGACGGCACAUGCUGUUGUACCAAUCGCCUUCUUAGAGCGGGCACGAUCUACCAUCAAGAAAACUGUUGGGAAACUCAUGCACCCUUUAGGAGAUCGGAGCGAUAGCCGGUCUCGCAGGAGAGCCACCAGCAGUGCCGCCAGUUCAGCAGGGGACAGCAUGUACAACGUUCCGCCAACCCCUCAUUCACGGGAAGCACGCCGAAAGAGCCUCAAAAGCGACGAUUAUUUUUCCAACGUGAAGGACUUUGCCAUCGGUACUGAGCAUCCCCUGGUCCACAGCCAGACAGGAACUCCUUAUGAGCCGCCUUACGACCCUCUAGCAACGGCUAUCGCACAGCCUGUAGCUGGACAAGGAGCUGCUCUGCUGCACGCUCUCCACCACAACUUCGGCCAUGGCAGCGACUCUAGGACAAAUAGCGGAACGGCCUCGCCCUCGGACCAGUCGACUAUGGCAGGCACAGCGUCAACUUACAGACCAUACCAGCGAUACUCACAAAGUCCCUCGAACGGCAACAACUUCCUCACCUUGACGGCCGGGCUACCCGAAGUAAAGACACUACCACCCACCCCAUAUACCGACGGCACAUCAGAUGAUCCUAUGAAAGAGUUCCGGAAGGCUCGAGGCAUCGAGGCCCUGACAGAGGAGGCUUUGCGGUCUCGCUCCGUAGAUCGUGGGCUUUUUGCAAACACAGACAAGCGUGCUCCUCCACAAGUUGGAGUGAGUACCGCCGUCGCUCCUGGCACACUCCACCGAAUACCCAGCCGUCCUCGUCCAGUUCGUUCGGUGGAUCUUGGCAGAGCCAAGCAGGGCGGCAACGGCCUAGCCUCGCCGUUAUUCUUCUCCUCACGGACCGUCACUGGUUACCAACAUGGCCAGCCGCAAUCGGACUCCAACAUUUACGAAAACCAACGAGCAAACGCCGAUAUUGAAGAACGGCCUCAGACUGCUCACAGGGUCGAAAAUAUUCGUGACGUGCCAGAAGCCAGGACCCCACCUCCUCGGAAGUACAACACGUCUACCCCUGAAUCAUUUGCGCGUGCUCAAGACGAGCAGCAUCGGAAACACAUUGGGGAAUAUCAACAUCAACUUGCCCAACAGGUCAUCAAUGAUGCUAAGUCAGAGGUUGACCCGUCAGACGUCCCCUGCCCGGUUUCUCCUGACGAUGAACUCUUCUCGGGAACACCUCCACCUCCCUCGCGUGAGGGCACGAUGGAGACUCGCCAGUCGUCGCGCUCAACAUCAGCUGCGGGCUUGGCUUCUCCGCUCACGAGCCUCAGCGACGCAACGAGCCCCAUUUCGUCAACGAACCACCCAUCCAAAGAGGAAAUGCUCGCUUUUCAAUCCGACCCGUCGUUGCCUGCACUCCUAAGUGGCUCUAGCUCUGUUUCCGCAGACUUGGACGCCGAGCCUCUAGUUGAACCUGGUGUUGUCAACACUAGGCCAGGUUACCUUGAGACGACCGAUUCGCUCACACCUCCCGCUUUUGUCAAAGAACCCAUCGCCGGUUUCCCUCUGGAGCAAUUCGAGCAGACCAGCGCGUACGGGCAACACAAUGCCGGAAUCGACGUAUUGCGCAUGACACCAAGUCCCGUUAACAGGAGUCUGGCUCCUCCGCAACGCACCCCUGAACUGCGACCGCAAGACGAUGAUGACGAUGACAGCGACAGCGAUGAGGGACUUUUGAUGGCGAAGAGUAAGAAGAAGAAGCCUAUCAACACGACGACUGAGCGAAUUCCUUACGGUGCAAGACGUCGUGACACCAAUAUAAGCAUAGCUAGUACCGAGACAGCCAAGAAGGUUGUUGUUCACGGCGAAGAGGUCAUCACAUACGCCGACUGA